AUGGCGGCGACGGCGGUGGCGGUGAGCGCGAUCGUGGGGAUGACGGACGUCGCGGAGGCGUACGAGGCGAAGCGAGCGUCGACGGUGAACGGGAGAGGGACGCCGUACGAACGGACGACGAAGCGGCGAGCGACGACGACGACGGCGAAGUCGACGGCGUCGCGCGUCGCGCCGAAGGUCAAGGCGGGGAAGAAGGAAUUUAAGGCGAAAACGACGAGCGGGGGGGCGCGAAAGGGCGUGAGGAAGGUGCGCGCGCGAACGGCGACCAAGGCGACGGCGACGGCGGUGCCGGCGACGAAGCGUCCGGUGAAGCGCGUCGCGUCGAAGGCGGCGCCCGGUAAGGCGACGCCGACGACGAAGCGCGCGGUGAAGCGCGUGGCGUCUAAGACCGCGCCCGCGGUCAAGGCGGCGGCGACGACGAAGCGUCCGGUGAAGCGCGUCGUGUCUAAGCGCACCGUGAAGGGUGUGGCGGCGGCGACGACGAAGCGUCCGGUGAAGCGCGUCGUGUCUAAGCGCACCGUGAAGGGUGUGGCGGCGCCGCCGACGAAGCGUCCGGUGAAGCGCGUGGCGUCUAAGGCUGCGCCAGCGCCGGCAGCCACGGCAGCGCCGACGACGAAGCGUCCGGUCAAGCGUGUCGCUUCCAAGGCCACCGCGCCGGUGGCUGAAGCGCCUGCCGUCGCGGAAAUGCCGACGAAGUCCGCGGAUAAGCCAUCCGCGGCGAAGCGCGAAGCCGCCAAGGAGGCUCGCGAAGCGGAAUUGGCCAAGAUCAAGGCGGCGCGCGACGCGGAAGCGGAGAAGGCUGCCGCCGCCGCGCAAAAGGCUGCCACCGAACGCGCAGAAGCUGCCGCCAAAGCUAAGGCUGCGAACGCGGCCAAGCUUGAAGCCGCGAAGAAGGCGCGUCUUGCGAAGAAGGCGCCGGUAAAGGCGGAGAAGCCCGUCGUCGUCGAACCCGUCGUCGAAGCUCCGGUUGUUCAAGCUCCGGUCAUCCAAGCGCCGAAGAAGACCCCGGGCGCCAUCAAGCAAGCUGAGAAGGCUGCUGCGGCCUCCAAGCUUGCGGCUAAAAAGCAAGCCGAACGCAAGGCUGCCGCCGACGCGCGAGCGAAGCUCAUCGCGGAGAAAUCGGAAUCGAGCAGAAAGCGCGUCAGCGCAGCGACGUCGAGCGCCGAUAAGCAAGUGGCCGCCAGAAAGGCUGCGCAAGCUGCCAGAGCGAACGCCGCUAAGGCCGCCGCUACCGAAAAAGUUGCCGCCCGAGCCGCCGCCAAGGCGAAGAUGGAAGCGGCGAUGACCAACGACAAGGCCACUCGCGCCGCCGCCGCCAAGGCGCAAGCCGCGGAACGCGAAGCGCUUCGCGCCGAGCAAGCCGCGGAAAGAGAAGUUGCCGCCGCAGAGAAGGCCGUCGAAGCCGCCGUGCCGAAGGUUGAAGCCGCCGCGCCGAAGCCCGCCGCGCCGAAGCCCGCAGCUUCCAAGCCCGCCGCUUCCAAGCCCGCCGCGAAGAAGGUUGACGCCAAGGCUGCCGCCGCCGCGAAGAAGAAGGCUCUCGCGGACAAGAAGGCUAAAGAAGUCAAGGCCAAGACUGCGAAGGCGCGCGCGGACGCCACUGCGCGCAACAACAGCAGCAAGAGCCUUGACUUCGUCGGCGCCACGUUCAGUGACGUCGCCGCCGUAAGCUUGGCCACCGCCGUCGCGCUCGCGUUGGCCGUGCCGGGCGUCAGAGAUUCGCUCCUCGAGGGCGACCUUGAAGGUGCGGCGGAUGGAGUUUUCGAGACGAUUGAUGGUAUCGACAACUUUAACGUAAAGGCUGCCACCGUCGGUGCUGUCGUGGCUACCGACGCCGUCGCGCACUUGCCCGUUCUCGGCUCGCUCGUGCCGGGUCCGCUCGAAUUCAUCGGCACCCUGACCGCCGUCUUGCUCUUGGAGCGUUACCUCCUCGUCGGCGAAGACGAUAUCGCGGACGACAUCGAAGAUCUCGCCGCCAACUUGCCGCGCGAGUUGCCAGGCGAUGUCGGCGAAGUCAUCGAUCAACUGGCCCCGAUCGGUAAGACCGCCUCCAAGACGGUGUCUGCGGUGCAAGACGUCGACAUUUCCGAAGUGACCGACACGCUCAAGGAGGUCCCGGAAUGGUUCGGUGACAGCGAAAACCCCGUGGUCGACAUCGCGGGCCCGGCCACCGCCCUCGCGGGCACGUACGUGCUCGGCAACGUCGCCCGCUGGCCGCUCGUCGCCAUCGCGGCGCCGCGAUUGUUAGAGCUUCUCGGCGCCGGCGUGUUGGUUUACUCGUUCCAACGCUACGGCACCUCGGACGCCAACCUCAAGGAUGACCUCGAGUCCGUCGUCGACGAGUCCAAGCGCGUCGUCAAAAAGUUCCUCUGAUCAUCCAAUAAUCGAAUGAAAGCGGCUUCGCGGCAUUAUUC